UCUUAUGCUUUAUUUAAUGAGUAUUAGAUGGCCUUUCAAUACAUGCCAUGAUUUGAAAUAAAAAUAUAUUUACUAAAUUUGUAUUUUGUAUGAGAACUUAUUGGACACUGUGUAAAUAUCAUUCUCGACGUACCUAAGGUGUUCAUUUUGCUGCAUGUCGCUCCACAACUUGCUCAACAAUCAUGUGGCGGCGUAAAAUCCCUCGCCGGCUGGUCUAAGCCUUAAAAGCAAACGACAACAUGAUUACCACGGCAACCAUUCAACAAUGGUGUAAACUUUAGUUAGUUUUUCAAUCAAUCUACUCUCUGGUGUCGCAUUCCCAACUAUACAAAAUGUCUCUGAAAUAUAUGACAAACGUUAAAACAAAUUGGAUAAAGGCGCGAGACGUUCGAACGGCAUGCUUCAUCGCACGGGAAGCCCUGGCCGUCGGCAUGGGAAGCCACAUCCUCCUGAUGAAUGUUAUCAGCAAGCAGGAAACGUUUUACCGGGCGACGGACCGAACCAAUGGCGAGGGUGUCGCAUGCCUGGCGGGACACAAAACGUUCUCCAUUUUCGCAUUUGCCGAGUGCUGUGUGUUUCCGCGGAUUUUCAUUGUUGCCUAUCCGGACAAUGCGGUUCUGUUCGUACUGGAAGGAGGUAUGUUGUGUUGAACUUUUGAUGCUACACCCUUUUUCUUUACACCCGGCUAACCUCAGGUGAGAAUUGAAAAUUAGGGAAAGUUGAGGGCAAUACACGGAAGUUUCUC